AUGACGUCCUCAGAUGGGAUCUACAGGGGUUGGAUUAUACUGGCAAUUUCUAUCAUAUUAUUUAUGGUGAGCACGGGAGUUGAAUCGUCAUGGGGGACGAUGAUAUUAUGUUUUCGGCGGGACGAGGACUUCCUGGAAUCGUCGCUUGCACAGCUUGGUUCUCCUCUCACCGUGUACUUUGCUUUCAAAACGGCCCUGAGCAACCUUGUCUUUACGGCAUUGCUCAGAUAUGGAGAGUUCAGCCUAAGACAGUUCGCGGCCCUCGGACUAUCUCUCAUGGUGACCGGGCUGGUUCUAACGUCCUUUGGGAAUGGGCCCCAACCCGUGGCUGUUUCCUUUGGCAUUAUGUUUGGUGCGUCGGUUAUGAACAGCAUCAGUUUGAAGAUGUGUAAAAACCCGUUGCUAGGGUGGCGAUGGGCGUUCCGAGUUUACGCAGCCGCCAUUGGAGUACUGGGGCUACUCCUACAAAACUUCCAGAAACCGCCAUGGUCAACGAGUUCUAAAGUUGUCGUUCAUGGUAUAUGGGCCCUUGCAGCUUGUGGUGUGGGGUAUGCUUACUAUCUGCCUUUCGUUAUAUUACCAAAACACGUGACCGAUCUAGGAUAUAACGAAGACGAGGCCGAGUACGUGAUGAUGGUUUUGGGGAUCAUGGGCAUGAUUGGGCAGCUUGUGUUCUCCUGUGUUGGGGAUUAUGUGAAAGGCAAGCUAAUGCUGAUAAACCUGAUUGCAAUCUCCUUGGUGGUCGUUAACAAUAUUGUUGCUGCAUAUUCCACAACUUUGGCAGCCGUAUUUACAUAUAGCGCUAUCGUAGGUGUGGGCUGCGGCGUGUAUCUCGCAAUCUACUUCCCCGUCCACAAUGAGAUCAUGGACGGAGAGAGCGUCGCCACGCUGUUCCUGACGAUGCGCUUCAGCAGAGGUGUUGGAGCCACUGCAGCACCAUAUAUAGCUGGUUAUAUACGCGACGUCACCGGAAGCUACAGCGCAGCUUUCCUGUCCGUCGCGUCAAGCUUCGGGGUGUUUGUAACGGCAACAUGGGCGCUGAUUUGUAUCAACAAGUUUCGGAACCUGCAGAGUCUUGACGAGGAAAAGCAACCAGUCACGGGGAUAAGCUCAAGAUAA